AGCAGAUCAUGGAGGAAGCUGUCACACGCAAGUUUGUCCACGAAGACAGCAGCCACAUCAUCUCCUUUUGUGCGGCUGUGGAGGCCUGCGUCCUGCAUGGGCUUCGGCGGCGGGCGGCUGGCUUCCUGCGUAGCAACAAGAUCGCAGCUCUCUUCAUGAAGGUGGGCAAGAGCUUCCCUCUGGCUGAGGAUCUGAGCCGCAAGGUCCAGGACCUGGAGCAGCUGAUCGAGAGCGCGCGAAACCAGAUCCAGGGCCUCCAGGAGAAUGUGCGGAAGCUGCCGAAGCUUCCCAAUUUGUCCCCACUUGCCAUCAAGCACCUGUGGAUCCGCACAGCCUUGUUUGAGAAGGUCCUGGACAAAAUUGUGCAUUACCUUGUGGAAAACAGCAGUAAAUACUAUGAGAAAGAAGCUCUCUUGAUGGACCCUGUGGAUGGCCCUAUCCUUGCGUCUUUGCUGGUGGGGCCCUGUGCCCUAGAGUACACAAAGAUGAAGACCGCAGAUCACUUCUGGACUGACCCCUCAGCUGACGAGCUGGUCCAGAGACACCGCAUCCACAGCUCACACCUGCGGCAGGACUCGCCCACCAAACGUCCAGCCCUCUGUAUCCAGAAGAGGCAUUCGAGUGGCAGCAUGGAUGACCGGCCAUCCCUCUCUGCCCGUGACUAUGUGGAGUCCCUGCACCAGAACUCCCGUGCCACCCUGCUGUAUGGCAAGAACAACGUUUUGGUUCAGCCGAGGGAUGACAUGGAGGCUGUGCCAGGGUACUUGUCCCUGCACCAGACGGCUGACAUCAUGACCUUGAAGUGGACGCCCAACCAGCUGAUGAAUGGAUCUGUGGGGGACCUGGACUAUGAGAAGAGUGUCUACUGGGACUAUGCCAUGACCAUCCGCUUGGAGGAGAUCGUCUACCUGCACUGCCACCAGCAAGUGGACAGCGGCGGGACAGUGGUGUUGGUCAGCCAGGAUGGGAUCCAGAGGCCACCCUUCCGCUUCCCCAAGGGUGGGCACCUCCUGCAAUUCCUCUCAUGCCUGGAAAAUGGGCUACUCCCUCAUGGGCAGCUGGACCCGCCACUGUGGUCCCAGCGGGGGAAGGGCAAAGUGUUUCCCAAACUGCGCAAACGAAGCCCUCAGGGUUCUUCCGAGUCCACAUCUUCAGACAAGGAAGAGGACGAGGCCACAGACUACGUGUUCAGGAUCAUCUACCCCGGCAUGCAGUCUGAAUUUGUCCCACAGGAUCUGAUGGAUGUCUCCGUGAGCAACCUCCCACCCCUAUGGCAACCCAGUCCCCGGAAAUCCUCCUGCUCAUCCUGCUCACAGAGUGGCUCAGCCAAUGGUGGCUCAACCAAUGGCUGCAGCCAUGAGAGGGCUCCUCUGAAACUUCUCUGUGACAAUAUGAAGUACCAGAUCCUUUCCAGAGCCUUCUAUGGAUGGCUUGCCUACUGCAGACACCUUUCCACCGUGAGGACCCACCUGUCAGCCCUGGUCAAUCACAUCAUUGUGUCUCCGGAUGUGCCCUGCAAUGCUGGACAGGGGCUGACGGCUGGGAUCUGGGAGCAGUACCUUCAAGACAGCACAAGUUACGAGGAGAAGGAGCUGCUGCGCCUCAUCUACUAUGGGGGCAUCCAGCCGGACAUCCGCAGGGCCGUGUGGCCCUUCCUCCUAGGCCACUACCAGUUCGGGAUGACGGAAAUAGAAAGGAAGGAGGUGGACGAGCAGAUUCAUGCCUGCUAUGCACAGACCAUGGCCGAGUGGCUGGGCUGUGAGGCGAUCGUGAGGCAGAGGGAGCGGGAGUCCCAUGCAGCUGCCCUGGCCAAAUGCUCGUCGGGGGCCAGCCUGGACAGCCACCUACACCGGAUGAUGCACAGGGACUCCACCAUCAGCAACGAGGUGAUGGGCAGCUGGCCUAUGGGAGGAGGAAAUUUUACUUUGGAAUCAGACUUGGGUUCAAGUCCUCAGGUGUUUGAGUCUGUGGAUGAGGUGGAGCAGGUGGAGGUCGAAGGCAGGUUGGAAGAGAAACAGCCCAAGAUCCCCAAUGGAAACCUGGUGAAUGGCACUUGUUCCCCAGACUCUGGUCAUCCUUCCUCCCACAACUUCUCCUCGGGCCUCUCAGAGCACUCGGAGCCCAGUCUGAGCACAGAAGACAGUGUGUUGGAUGCUCAACGGAAUGCCCCCUUGGUGCUUCGACCUGCGGACAGCAGCAUGGAGGACAGGCAGAGCAGCGAGGCCACCACAUCCCGGGAUGAGGCCCCCCGUGAGGAGCUGGCUGUGCAGGACAGCCUGGAGAGCGACCUCCUCACCAACGAGAGCAUGGAUGAGUUCAUGUCCAUCACUGGCAGCAUGGACGUGCCUCUGCCUGAAAAGGAUGGCACCACCAUGGAGGGCUGGCGGGGCAGUGAGGUGGAGAAGCAGAGCCAGGUGGACAGUGAGGACAACCUCUCAGAGGAGCCUGAGAUGGAAAGCCUCUUCCCUGCCCUGGCUUCUCUGGCCGUGACCACUUCUGCCAACAAUGAGGCAUCUCCUGUGUCUUCCAGUGGCGUUACUUACUCUCCAGAGCUGCUGGACCUCUACACAGUGAAUCUGCACCGGAUUGAGAAGGACGUGCAGAGGUGCGACCGCAACUACUGGUACUUCACACCCGCCAACUUGGAGAAGCUGCGCAACAUCAUGUGCAGCUACAUCUGGCAGCACAUUGAGAUCGGCUAUGUCCAAGGCAUGUGUGACCUCCUGGCUCCACUGCUGGUCAUUCUGGAUGAUG